AACAAACGAAAUGGCUCUUAAAAGAAUUCAAAGAGAAUUGCUAGAAUUACAACAUGACCCGCCAUCAUGUUGUAGUGCUGGUCCUAUUGGAAAUGAUAUUUUUAAAUGGGAAGCAAAAAUUAUAGGACCCCCUGAUACUCCAUACUCAGGUGGUGUAUUUUCCCUUGAUAUUCGCUUUCCUACGGAUUAUCCCUUUAAACCACCAAAGGUGAAUUUUAUAACAAAGAUCUACCAUCCGAAUAUUAAUGAUAGAGGAAAUAUAUGUUUGGAUAUUCUAAAAGAAAACUGGUCACCAGCGUUAAAUAUUUCAAAUGUUCUUUUGUCAAUAACAUCAAUUUUCACCGAUCCAAAUCCAGAUGAUCCACUUGUACCUGAAAUUGCUCAAGAGUACAAACAUAAUCGUGCUCGUUAUGAAGCUAAUGCUCGAGAAUGGACUCGCAAAUUUGCUAGUUAGAUAAUUUUACUUUAGUUUUAUUGAUAUGGUAUCAUUUUUAUUACGAAAUUUCUCGUUUUCAAUAUUAGGUAAUUAAUAGAUUUAUCCGUCUAUAUCCUAUUUGUACGACUUAUAUAAUGAAAAUAAAUUAAAUGAUUGUGCGUUGCGUACUACUU